AACGAGAAACGCAGGUAGCGAAGCCACGCCAGUGCUGCCGGGGAUCGCAGCGCUCACCUCCAACGGCGGCAAACAUGUUGAAGAAACUCUUCAAACUCUUGAUGUUUUUCACUGUCUUCACUGUGGCGUGCUAUGCUGUGCUUUUGUUGUUUGUCAAAACCCACAAAGAGCACGCCAUCGAUGAGCUCACCGCGGGGACCGAGACAUUUGACGAGCAGCUGGCGGCUCUGAUAAAGAACCAGACCGCAGCAGGUGACCAAAAGAAGAGCGCAGCACGAGACACGGGUUCAAGUAACCAGCAGGCUGCCAGUAACAAAACUUUGGAACCGUGUCCCGUAAACCCUCCAGAACUUGUCGGUCCUUUGCUUGUGGAGUUUAAAACAGAACGGUCUUUGGAUGAAGUGAGGAACUUAGUCGGUUCGGAUCUCCAGUUGGGAGGACGGUACAAGCCACCGAAUUGUAUCGCUCAACAGAAGGUGGCGAUAAUCAUCCCAUUUCGAAAUCGAAAUGACCACCUGAAGCACUGGCUGUACUACCUCCAUCCCAUAUUGUUACGACAGCAGCUGGAUUACGGAGUGUAUGUCAUCAACCAGGACGGAGACGGAACGUUCAACCGUGCAAAGCUGAUGAACGUGGGCUACGCCGAGGCACUGAAGGAGUAUGAUUACGAGUGCUUUGUCUUCUCCGACGUAGACCUGGUGCCGAUGGAUGACCGCAACCUCUACCGAUGUUUUGACAGCCCGCGACAUUUGGCCGUGGCAAUGGACAAAUUUGGUUUCCAGUUGCCCUACAACAAUUACUUUGGCGGGGUUUCCUCGAUGACCAAAGAGCAAUUCUUGAAAAUCAAUGGCUUCCCGAACACGUACUGGGGCUGGGGCGGCGAGGACGACGACAUCUAUAAUCGAAUCUUCUUCCGUAAGAUGUCCGUUUCGCGGCCCGACUUCCAGACGGGAAAGUACAAAAUGAUCAAACAUGAGAGAGAUGUGCACAACGAGCCCAAUCCAGUCAAUCCCGACAAAAUCAGACACACUAGUCAUACCAUGGACAGCGAUGGGUUCAAUAAGCUCACGUAUAACGUCAAGCAGAUUGUGAAGGAUGUGCUGUUCACUUUAAUCACUGUAGAUAUUAACGAUCCACCAAGCUGAAGGACGAUUAAACUUAUGUGACGACCUAUUCCCUCAAGUUUUGUUUUGUUUUUAAAGUAAAGUAAGUUUUUAAAGUUUUUAAAGGUGUGGGGUUCUAUUUCCAAGUGUGCAUGUGGUAAUGAGAAGGAAUAGUAAAAAUGUAAACUUUAUGAUGCUGUUAAAGUACAGAUGCAAUGGCCCACAAACUAUUCACAGGGAAUGAUGAUGGCGUCUUGAAUUGUGGCUUGUAUUUUCAGCGCAGGUUGAGUUUGAUGUAGGAAAGCCACGGACGGGGCCUGACAAGGUUUGCAUUGCAUUCAAAUGCUUGUCUCCAGGCACCGUGUUUGUUUUUUUUUUUGUACGUCUUCAUGGGGUUAUGCAACAGGUCCUUCAAGGGGUUCUGCCCCCGGGCAGGCGAUUGCCCAGGGGCCCAAAGCGGAGAGGAGCCCCUCAGGAUUGUCACAUAAUAGUCACACAUUACAGUUCGUUAGAAUUACUAUGAUUGUCUUUGUAAAAGGAAACGGCGACAGCGCCGUGGUUCGAAAGCUUCCCAUUUUCAAAAGAGCAAUGUUUGAAUCAUGAAAAAACUGGAGGACAGGAACAAAAGGUAUCUCAUAGCAGUGAAGAAGAAGAACGAGAACUGCUCAUCUGCCAGCAGAUCUUUUUUUUAGUUGUGGGAUGGACAAUAAGAUGAUGGUACAGGGGUAUUUAAUCGAAAAUACAUGUAAUGUUUCAUGUUUUUACUUAUGACACUGAGGAACCUGGCACUUUUUGUAAAAGUUGCCUCUAUGAAAUAUUUUGAUAGACACAAUUAACAUUGACUUCAGACGAUGAUAUUACAUCAAACCUUUUGACCUUCAUUUUAGGUUGAAGUUUGAUGGUGGCAGGGAUGUACUGUUUUUUUGUUUGUUUUGCAUGGAUUAGUUUACGGUUUGGAGUUUUUAUUCACCUGCAUUCAUGGCACAAUGUAAAAUGACAAGGUGAUUAAACAGUUUGAUUUGUGAGCUGAGAAUGUUUGAAAUGAGGAAAUAAAUUGUCACUUUGGAAUUAGUUUGGAAUCGGAACUAAUUUCAACACAUAUCAAAGCCUGAAUUAAUAAUUAAGCCGUUCUAAGCUACUUGUUGAGUGGGUUCAUAGUAUUUGCAUAAAAUAGUUUAUUUAGCACAAGUGUUUCACCUUCCUUUUUAAACAGCGCCCUGGGUGUUUAUCGGUGUUACUCCUUUUGUUAGUCUUGAUACCGAUCUCGGAUUACUCUACUCAUAGUUGCAACCUUAAACCGAGAGAAGGAAUGUCAAACAUCAAGAUUUGAGAGCGUGUGGGGACACACGGCAGCGCAGUGGCUCGCACUGAUGCCCCACAGUGAAAAGAACCCGGGUUUGCAAGGGGGUCCGAAAAAGGGCCUUUCUGCAUGGAGUUUUUAUGUGUGUUCCUCCACAGUCCGAAAACAUGCAGAGAAUGAUGAAUCAAUGAACUAUGUCUACAUAUAGUUUUAAUUGCAUCCUCCAGUGCUUUAAUUGGAGGAGGGAGUUUAUUUUCCUUUUAAAGGAAAUGGUUUCACUCUUUUUUUCCACUUGGUCCUGCUGUGUUUGUUUAAUUCGCAUUCUAGUACAGUGUUUGGAUUAAAUUUGACCAGUGUUUUUUAAAAACUUGUUAUAAUUGACGGAAACACAGUGAAGAGCAGUGUGGGGGCUUUUAUUUUCUUUCAUUCUUUCAAUCCCAACUUCCUCUGUCGUUGUGGGAAUCAGCCAUGUAUCUCAGAUCCUGGAAAUUUGUUUUUUUUUUUUUAAAAAACAUUGUAUGGGUGAAGUGGCUAUUUUUAAGGUCAUUAUAUUAAAAUACCUUAAACAGAGCUGAAAAAUUAAUUGUUUUCAAUUCUAAACACAUUUUUUGCACUUAGCAAAUUGCAACUGCUGCAAUUGAAUCAUUCUAAUUAUUUUGUUUAUUUUAGGACCACAAACAAGUGAUUAUCAAUUGAGUACGAAAUGAAUAAACUGAUGGAUUGAUUAUUGUGAUACCUGGUAAAGAGUUUUCUUUCCUUCGUGAAUGUGAAUAUGUUUUGGUGUCUUUGCUGCUUCAAGACUGUAAACUGAACUUGUUUAUGUGACAGAAACCGAUGUUUGGUUCUGGAAACAAAAUAAACCAUUUCACAAUUCUG